AUGCAGCAAGCCAAGUCGAGCAGCAGCCCCGGCAACAACAAUUGCAACCAAAACAAAGAUGCUGCGCUCCUGACACUGAAACCCGCACAAGGCCAAUCGACGAAAUCAGGCCACGCACACGAAUUCCGGCACGGUGGCGGUGGCGAUGACGAUGGCGAUGGCGAUGACGUAGCGAUGCGAUGCGAUGCUCCCGGCAAACGGCCUACCACAGAAGGCCGGCUUCCCCAGAGCCACAGACAAGCACUCCCAACCAUCUCCCAUCUCCAGAAGCAGAGGUAA